AUGGCUGCAAGGAAGAAGCAUACAAAUAUCGUCCUCUUUGGGCAGGCAGGGGCAGGCAAAAGCUCACUCGUCAAUCUCAUGGCAGAAAAGGACGUAGCAAUCACAUCCAAUGACAUGAAAUCAUGCACAUUGCGCUGGAAAGAAUAUCCCAUCGAAUUCGAUGGCGAGUCUUAUAAGGUGUUCGAUACCAUUGGACUUGAAGAACCGCAGCUAGGAAUUCCACAAUACCUCGAUGCUAUCGAGAAUGCCUAUACUCUCAUUCAGCAUUUGGAGAGCCAAGGCGGAAUUGAUCUACUUCUGUUCUGCAUGCGCGCAGGCAGACUCACCGCUACCCUUCAAAGCAAUUACCGCCUCUUUUACGAGUUCCUUUGUGACAAGAAGGUUCCCAUCGUUAUAGCGAUCACGGGCCUGGAAAUUGAGCGCAAAGACAUGGAUGAUUGGUGGAAGAGAAACGAAGAACUCUUUCGUCGCUACAAGAUCCAAGUCGCUGAUCAUGCAUGCAUCACCGCCAUCAAAGGCAAUUAUGAAGACAAGUAUGAACAAUCGCGUACCACAAUCCGCAAGCUUGUCAAGAAUUUCACUGCUGACGGGCAGAAGCUAGCAUGGAACGGUGCGAACGGAGGAAAUAGCCUGUUUGUGUCGUUCAUGCGUAAGCUAAAGGAGCUACUCGUGGGCAAUGGGAAAUUGAGCGCGAAGAAGGAUAUGGUCCCUCGGCUCAUCAAGCGUUGCGGCAUGUCUCCAGAUGUCGCAAAGCAGUUGGUUCAUAGAAUCAAGAAUGACGUGGUGGAAGGAGCUACUUGA